CGUGUCACAGAAAACCAAAACAAGACUCGGCGCGCUGAGCUUCGCGCGGAGAGGCUCGCUUUUACUUUGAACCCGGGGCGACUAAAAACCUCGAGAACGACGCUCUGAGCUUUUUCCGCGAGUGUGAAGUGUCCGCGGGGGUGUCCAGUAUGGACAAGCAUCUUUUCAACCUCAAGUUUGCUGCCAAAGAACUAGAACGAAAUGCAAAGAAAUGUGACAAGGAAGAAAAGGCAGAAAAAGCCAAAGUCAAAAAGGCUAUCCAAAAGGGUAAUAUGGAAGUAGCACGGAUACAUGCAGAAAAUGCAAUUCGACAGAAGAACCAGUCCAUCAACUUCUUGAGAAUGAGUGCUAGAGUGGAUGCAGUGGCUGCACGUGUUCAAACUGCUGUUACAAUGAAUAAGGUUACCAAAUCCAUGGCUGGGGUGGUUAAGUCUAUGGAUGCUACACUAAAGAGUAUGGAUUUGGAAAAGAUCUCGGCUCUAAUGGACAAGUUUGAGCGCCAGUUUGAAACACUGGAUGUGCAGACAGCACAGAUGGAAGACACUAUGGGCAACACUACAACACUAACAAUGCCCCAGAAUGAAGUGGAGUCUCUAAUGCAUGAGAUGGCAGAUGAAGCUGGGUUGGAUCUGAACAUGGAGCUUCCUCAGGGACAGACAGGCUCAGUUGGCACUAGUGUAGCAUCAGCCGAACAGGAUGAGCUCUCUCAGCGCCUGGCCAGACUACGAGACCAAAUCUAGAGUUACAUCAGUGUAUAUUUAUGGGAGAAAGGAUCUGUGAAUUGAUGAAAGGGUGAGCAUGUAUCUUCAAACCUGCAAAAAGGGGCUUGCUAAUAUAAAUUACUAAAGCUGACCUGUGCAUAUGAGUGUUCUCUUCUAUGCCUAAUGGUGGCACUGCUGAGUAGGAAAACGUCCCUCUGUGGUGAGGGGCAAGAGCUGGGUCCUCAUCUCAUGUCUUUGCCUAGAAUACUAAGAACCUAUAACCUUAUAUGGGACGUGCAAUGGAAACUGUGAUGUGUGUUUUGCGGGCUACUGACAUGGCAAUGCCUUCUUAACAUUGUCCAGCCUAAUUCAAAGUCUGUGCAUUCUGAAUGAUUUAUGAUGGCGUAUGUAUAUAUUGUCUAGGCAGUAUGACACACAUUGGACACAUUUCCCCUGAAUAAUCUGCUUAUUAACAUACUAUAAGAGACAAAAUAAUGGGAACCUCAAGGGAAAGGGGGUCUUAUUUUGAGAUGGCUAAAUGUAUUUUACAAAACAAUGCUUUUAUUUUUGUGUGAAAGAGGGUCAUUAUUGGAUGAACAAAUAAUAGGUUUACCAGUCACAGAACUAGCAAACAGAAAAAUGAUCGUAAGUUUAUGAUUCUGACUAUGACAUUUAUGUCCAUAUGUAUGCAUUCCAUUAUUUUGUGUCAUUAACACAAACGUGUCAUGAACGUGGGUCACAUUUGGAUUCUAUUUAUUUUCAAAGUAAAGCAUUUGCACAUAUUUAGGCUUAUGUAUGACUGAUUUUGUGAAAACAACUUAUGUUGAUCAGUGUGGUCAACCACAUUAGUCAAUAGUUGUUUAUUAUUGUGUCUCUAAUUUUAUCUCCCAUUGUGAGAUAUUUAAGUUUGUAUUAAAUAUUGUUU